AUGUACGGAAACUACGAUGGAAACGAAAAAGCUUUGCCCGAAUUCGAUCUCUACCUAAACGUGAAUUUCUGGUCGACAGUGAAAUUCAAUAAUGCUUCUGAACAAGUCUACAAAGAGAUCCUAAGCUUUGCAGAAUCAGAGACGAUAUAUGUUUGCCUUGUGAACAAAGGUAAAGGAACUCCUUUUAUUUCGGCUUUGGAGCUCCGGCCAGUGAACAGCUCAAUCUACGCCUCUUGGGACUCGAUUAUUACAUCUGCGUAUGUCGAUGUUUUUCAGAACGGUUAUUGGCCACCGGAUGAAGUUAUUAAGACAGCUGCUUCACCAAAAAGCGAUGCUGAUCCGCUAGAAUUGUCCUGGACAUCAGAGGAUCCAAAUACUCGGUUCUAUGCUUAUCUUUAUUUCGCGGAACUAGAAAAGCUUGAGAAGAAUGAGAGUAGAAAGAUCAAGAUUUUGUGGAAUGGUUCCCCUGUUUCUGAAACUUCUUUCAUUCCUUCUUCAAAGUACUCGAUGACGUUCUCUAAUUCAAGAGCUUUCAGUGGUAAAGAUCACUUGAUUUCUGUUCAGAAGACCGCAGAUUCAACCCUUCGACCAAUUCGCAAUGCUAUUGAGAUUUUUACAGCACAAUUUCUGGAUGAAUUUCCUACCACAGUUAAAGACGUUCACGCGAUAGAAAACAUAAAAUCAACGUACAAAGUGAUAAAAUUAUGGACCGGCGAUCCUUGCUCCCCAAGACUAUUCCCUUGGGAAGGAGCCUAUUCAGGACCACUCCUGCCUUCAGGGAAGAGAAGGUCCACAUAUAGCGAAGUCUCUACUAUUACAAACAACUUCAAUAAAGUGAUUGGCAAGGGAGGGUUUGGUAUCGUGUAUCUCGGUUGCCUUGAAGAUGGGGCUGAAAUUGCUGUCAAGAUGAUUAAGGAUUCUUCACUGAAAAAAUCUAAAGGAUCAUCAUCUCGAGUUUCGAAAGAAUUCCAAGUCGAGGCAGAGCUUCUUUUGACAGUCCAUCACCAGAACUUAGCCUCGUUUGUUGGAUACUGCGAUGAUGGUCGUCGUAUGGCUCUGAUCUACGAGUACAUGGCUAGUGGAAACUUGCAGGAUUAUCUUUCAAGUGAGAAUGCUGAGGAUCUUAGCUGGGAAAAGAGACUCCGUAUAGCAAUAGACUCUGCACAAGGGUUGGAGUAUUUGCACCAUGGAUGCAGGCCACCAAUAGUACACAGAGACGUUAAAACAGCAAACAUUCUUUUGAACGAUAACUUGGAAGCCAAGAUUGCCGAUUUUGGCGUUUCCAAGGUCUUCCCUGAGGACGAUCUCAGCCACAUCGAGACUGUAGUCAUGGGCACUCCCGGCUACAUUGAUCCUGAAUACUACCGCACGUUUAUGCUUAACGAGAAGAGUGACGUGUACAGUUUCGGGGUCGUCCUUCUUGAAAUCUUCACCGGCCAACGAGCCAUCGUGAAAACCGAAGACGGAGGCAAAAUCAGCGUUGUCCACUUCGUCGAGCCCUUCUUCGAGAUCGGAGAACUUGACGGGGUGGUGGACCCGCGGCUUCGCGGCGACUUCUCAUCGGACUCAGCCUGGAAAUUUGUGGAGGUGGCAAUGUCUUGCGUCAGAGACAGAGGGGCUAACAGACCAACAAUGAACCAGAUCGUGUCUGAGCUCAAGCACUGCUUAGCCGCCGAGCUGGCUCGUGAGCCACUGAGCCAUGAAGUUUGA